ACGUCAUUCCAUCAUCUAAUAAUGGGUUAGAAAAAAUAUUGGUUGAAACAAGCGAGUUUGAUGAGGAUAAUAAUGUAGAAUUGUCACCAGAAGAAUUUACUAAAGAAAUUGAAAAACAUAAAUAUUUUCUUCAGCAUAUACAAGAAGAGUAUGAUGCAGGUAGUUUUCAUUAA